AUGAUUUCAUUAUAUUUUCUAGAUUUUACUUUGGCUUUUGUGUGUAUAACGAAACAGGGAAACACUAUUAAGGCGCAUGAAAUAUGCAAUGGAAUUAUUGACUGUUGUGAAAAAAACGAACCUAAUUGCGGGGACGAACGCUUUGCGUUGUGCUAUAAUAAAAAAUGUGACGACGAAACUAAGUUCCAAUGCACUUACGGCGGCUGCUUGGAUAGGGCUCUCAGAUGCGAUGGUAAAACUGAUUGUUGGGACGGCAGCGAUGAGAAUGAUUUCGAGUGCUUGGAAGGUGCCGCCCUGGAGAAUGCUUACGAAGAUCUUAAAGGGGAGUAUGAAGGUGAUCAAAUCCUUGCCUGUGAGGGGAAGGAGCCCCUGCCAUGGAGUCUUGUGUGCGAUGGUCAGGCGGACUGUAGGGAUGGUAGGGACGAAGACCCAAAACUAUGUUCUGCCAUUGAGUGUGAACCGCCACACUUUAGGUGUCUCUACGGCGCCUGUGUCAGUCAAAAAGCACUCUGCAACCAUGUUCUCGACUGUCUAGACGGCUCCGACGAGAUAUCGGAAAUUUGCCAGGAACUUCACCCGCAGACCAAAAAUUCGCAGACCCAAGGUUUUAAGGCAACAUCCAAUUGGGAUGAGCUGUUUUGCAGCCUGGAGAAUGACCCAUCUAACUCCCUGAUUGUGGAGAACUACGUGGGUAACAACACAUUUCGGCCGAAUGCCAAGGUGCCUCAAGAUACGGUGGUCUCCCUCAGCUGCAAACCCGGAUUUCGCCUAGAUGGUAAGGAAAAAAACAUCUGCACAGGCAACUCCUGGCGAUAUAAGUUGGCCAAGUGCGUGAAGGAGUGUAAGCACACCGCGAGUGUCCUUCAGACCAGGAAGUGCACCCUAAAUGAGUUGCUGAUUGACUGCGAUCAGCCGAUGUUGCCGCAGGGCACUCGGAUGACAGUCUUCUGUGCCUCCGGUGCCGAGCACGAGACGCCGGGUGUGCAGAUCUGCGAUGCCGACGGAAUAUGGGUCAUCUUCCGACGGGGUCACGAGGCGAACUUCACGUUUGUCUGCAAGGCCACGAUCUUGUCGCCGUAUAUCCUGGUGACGACGGAGGAAUGCUUUCGCGACAUAACCAUCAAGAGUGUGCCCUCCAAGGAGCCCGUGCUCUACACAGUUGCCGAGGGCCAUCCCCAGACGUUCUCCUUUUGGGCGCACGGAUCGCAUCCCUACAAGCUGCAUAACGUGUCCUUAAUUCACACUUUCACGGUAUCGGAACACCCCCUGGCCCUGGUGCAGUUGCUCCAUCCUCUGGAGUUCGGCGCUUGUGUUAGACCAGUGUGUCUAACAGAGGAGGCUCCCAGAAAUUUCGUCCAGGUUGUUGACCACUCAGUUGGGCUAAUGGGUGCGGCAGUGAUCAGCGAGAAGAAGGGGCGGUACGAGCUGAGCGCAAUCAUAAGCUCCGGGAAAAAGUAUCACAUCAGUGCGUUCAUAAAGGACAUCCAAAAGGACAUUGAGCUGACAGAGUCGAAGGGGAACAUUUAA